AUGGCCAACAUAGUAAUCCGGUCAGUCUUCGAGAACGGUGUUGGCAUUAUAGCAGCAUCCCUACCGCCCAUCCACAAGCUCUUCAAGUUUUAUGACGACUCGUCGGUUGGGGAGAGCACACCAGCCGGCGCAGGCGCCUUCGAGACCAUUGGCGGAACGCCCCUAAGCCAGCCCCACGGGGCGUUCGAGCUCAAGCCGCUGCGGAGUACCUCCAGGCUGCCCAUGACCAAAUCUGGGCAGUGGGACCGUCUUGACGAUGAGGCUCCCGGGCAGGAGCACAUUACGGUGCGCAGGACUUUCAGCAUCUUGGAGGAGAAUGAUGAAGAGGAGGCGCAGAAGGUGCGGAGUGAGAAGUCGGGGAAGGCCGUCAUUGUGCCCAAGCUGUGA